CGUGACUUAUGAUUCAAAAUGGCGCCAUCCAUGGAAGAAUUUUUCAAUCUUCAGAAAAUAACAACAAGAAUUUGAAUCUAGAUUGUUAAUUCGACAUGACGGAUGAUGAGAUAGAAGAUGAGGAAAAUGAAAGUCAGAUAUUUGUGUAAAAGAAAAUAUAAAACUAUCGGGAUAAUUGUUGCAAUAGCGGUCAUUUUCUUCUUACUGCAGUUUUUCUCAUUAAAUCGUCUGAAUGUCUGGAGUCGCCAGAUACCAGAAUAUACUCUAGAAGAUAUUGGCAAUAUUGAUGAUGGUGAGACAUUUGCAAAGGAGCUGGCCAUUGCCGAAGCUAAAAUUGAGAAAGAUGAUCGAGAAUCAAAGAGUUUACUAACUGGUGUUCAUUUGAAAGAUCUAAAUGUUUAUAAGCCUGAUAAACAAGGCUUGUUUACUUGUCUUAUUACUAAGGUAAAGAUAGAGUAUAGUAAGUUAAAUGAUGACUAUUGUGAUUGUGCUGAUUCAUCAGAUGAACCUGGUACAAAUGCUUGUCCACAUUCCAAAUUUUAUUGUAAAUAUCAGAUGCCAGGCGAAGAGCCUUUAUUCAUAACAGGAAGUAAAGUGAAUGAUGGGAUAUGUGAUUGUUGUGAUGGAAGUGAUGAAUGGGCCAAUCAUAAAGUGCCUGACAAUAUUCGCAUAGUUGAUGACAGUAAGAAGUAUUCCGUAUCUCACACCCCGUGUGUUAACAUUUGUCAGAACGAUGUACGUAAUAAAGCUCAAGAACAACGAGUGCUUAGAAUGGGUCUUAAAUUACGACAGAAUUAUUUAUCGGCAGCUAAACAUCUAAGCACAGAUACUAAAUACGGACCAGAAAAUGUAUUUUUUUUAUUGAGUGAAAAAUGCUAUGAUUUAAAAGUUUACCAAUAUGAGUAUAAAAUUUGUCCAUUUAAAUCCAUCACCCAGGAUGAAUUCCCACACAGUAGUUUUAACCUGGGUCGUAAUCCUGUAUGGAAGAGUCUAGAACGUAGGAAUUAUGUUUUACUGAUGAAAGAUGGUGAUAUUAGGUUGUGUCCAGGUGGAAAGGCUCGAAUCACAAAGAUUCGAUUUUUCUGUGGUUUACAAGAUUUACCAUUAACAAUAAAAGAAGAAGAGACAUGUAUUUAUGUUCUCAAAUUUACCACACCAGCUGCUUGUUGAUCUCUAAACUUCAGUUAUAAUGUAACCAUUGCAAUAAAAUAAACCACAUGUUAAUCUCAAAUUAAGUAUAGUUUUGACAAGACAUUUUAAUAAUAAUAAAAAUUGUACCUAAUUAAUUGUUAAUUAUAUGUAGCUUUUAAUCAAUUUUUAGUUUUAAAUUUGUAAUGAUAUAAUCUCAUGCAAUAAUAAAAAUCAUACUUUCUUUGUUUUUCAAAAGUAAUAUGGCGGCCAUAUUCCAUGAACAAAUAUAGCCCUCUUGUUAGCAAAUAAUUUAUUCAUCAAAAGUUUUAUAUUAUAUAUAAUGCAUAGUAAAGGACAUGUAUUAAUAGCUUCAUGUAAUGGGAGGAUGAAAUGUUCAAGAUUUAAUUAUAUACUAUAAACAUAUGUAAUUGUCAAACUACUCAUAGCAUUAAAAUUAUCUUUAAGGUGAGAAUGUGUAAUAUUUGUAAAUAUUUUAUAUUUUACUUGAUGUAGAUGUAGAUGUAGUUUAAGAAUACAUGUAGGUUUAAUUAAAUUUAAUAUAAGGAUACUUUUUUUUAUCCAAAUUGGUUGUAUUAACUUUAGUAUGAAUGAAAAUUAAUGAGAAAUAUUUGUGUGACUGUAGUCUUAAAAGGAGUUAAACCUCUUUGAUUUGGGUAAAAUUGGGUAAAGUAUAAAAUUGAGUUGAUCUGAUGUAUUUUUGCCUAUUGGUGAUGGGGUAUGGUUUUUAUAUGAUUAAAUUCUUUUUUUUUUAACACAUAAAAUCCAAUGAAAUCAACUGUUUUAUUUUUGAUCUAAGUCAAAGAGAUCUAGCAAUUUUAAACCAUUGAACUUAACCAAAUUUAGAGUAAUUUUAUUUGAUAAGAAAAAUGACUGUAGACAUAUCAUUUAAAAGAUAGAUGUUUUGUUUAAUGCAUAACAUGAAUGUAUUGCUUUAAUGUUUAAAAUAGUUUGCAAAUGUCUUUUAGAUUUCCUUUUAUUUUAACUCUGAAUGAAUGAUUGUUUUUGUAGCCUGUUCAGUUCCAGGGGUAUGAUAAUGUAUUGUUGACAAUAAUAGGAAGCAUGUGGGGAUCACACCACAUACAAACAUUAACUAGCACAAGACACAGAUAUUGUAAGCCAUUAAGUAACCAUCUAUUUAGAUGAAUAGAUCUUGGGGAAAAAGCUGUAGUUCAAUUCCAUAACAGUUUCCAAUUUGUUUCAAGGGAUAGGAGUUGUCAUGCUACAUAUAUUUUUGGAGCAUUUUAUACCCCAUCUCAUUUAUCUGUAACUUUUGUAUGGCUUAGAAUGUUUUUUUUUUGUUUUUUUUUUAUUUUAAAGACUAGUAACUGUUCAAGGAUGUAAAGGGCGAAUGAUUAUUUGAAAUACAGCUUUAAAUUAUUUUUGUUUUUACUGAUUAUUUUUUAAGUUUUUUGUUAUUAGAUUUUAUUUACAUGACUAGCUCUUUAUCUUCCAUUUGUAAUUUAUUGUUAUGAUUGCUUGAAUGCAUGAUAUCAAUAACACCUCUUUAAUUAGGGUAUGGGUGUGAAUAUUCAUUAUUCAACCAAUAAUAGCUUAAUGGUACUGACAAUUGUGAAUGACACUAGAUAAUCAUAAACGACAUCAAAUAAAUGUCCUGCCUUGAAAUAUGAUGUGAUAAUUCAUUUAGCCCAGUAGUGAUCCUUUGACAAAAUAAAAACACAAAAAUAGAAACUUCCCUCAGAUUUUUUGGAAGGAUUGUCUGAGAACCAGAAUAUUAUAUUUGUAGGGCCUUAAUUAAAUUGAUGUCUUGCUCUCAAACACUAAACCACAUGUAAAAUACUGAUUUUGAUAUAACAGACUAGUCAGAUGUGUAUUUCAAGAGCACAUGAACAAUUUUUAUUGCCAAACCCAAUGGCCAAGACAAAAGGUUGUAAAAUGUGGUUGGCAGUGAGAAAAAUGUUUUGAUAAUAUAGGACGUUAAUAAAUUUGAUUAUUUUACAUAUGUUAAUAGAUUAAAUGAUUUUAUAUGUUCAUAAAUUAAAUGUUGUUACUAAAUAUCAGAUGUAUAUUGGAGGAUUAAAUAAGAUUCUAUAUACUUGUAAAUGGUUUUGUUUUAACCCGUUUGAGGAUAAUGUAACUAGUGUCGCUAGGGAAUAUAACAUAAAUAUCAUGUUAAUAAAUUUGAUUAUUUUUACAUAUGUUAAUAGAUUAAAUGAUUUUAUGUUAAUAAAUUAAAUCAUGUUACUAAAUAUCAGAUGUAUAUUGGAGGAUUAAAUAAGAUUCUAUAUAUC